GCCCGGGGCCCGGAGCGGCCGGAGCAGCCAGUGUCCUGGCCCUGGCCUCGGCCCGGCUGCGGCUCCGGCUCCGGGCUCAGCUGGCGAGCCGGCGGGCGCAGCGCGACUUGGGGGGAUGUCUCGGCGGACGCGCGGUGAGGAGCUGGAUGAGGUGCACUACCAGGACACAGACUCAGAUGUGCCCGAGCAGAGGGAUAGCAAGUGCAAGGUCAAGUGGACCCAUGAGGAGGAUGAGCAGCUAAGGGCCCUGGUGAGGCAGUUCGGACAGCAAGACUGGAAAUUCCUGGCCAGCCACUUUCCUAACCGCACUGACCAGCAAUGCCAGUACCGGUGGCUGAGGGUUUUGAAUCCAGACCUUGUCAAGGGGCCGUGGACCAAAGAGGAAGACCAAAAGGUCAUCGAGCUGGUCAAGAAGUACGGCACGAAGCAGUGGACGCUGAUCGCUAAACACUUGAAGGGCCGGCUGGGCAAGCAGUGUCGCGAGCGCUGGCACAACCACCUCAACCCCGAGGUGAAGAAGUCCUGCUGGACCGAGGAGGAGGACCGCAUCAUCUGUGAGGCCCACAAGGUGCUGGGCAACCGCUGGGCUGAGAUUGCCAAGAUGCUGCCGGGGAGGACAGACAAUGCUGUGAAGAACCACUGGAACUCCACCAUCAAAAGGAAGGUGGACACGGGAGCCUUCCUGAGUGAUUCCAAAGACUGCAAGCCCCCCGUCUACUUGCUGCUAGAGCUUGAGGACAAGGACGGCCGCCCGAGCGUCCUUCCCACUGAUGGCCAGCAGGGAAGUCUUAUGACCAACUGGCCCCCGGCACCCCCCGUCAUAAAGGAAGAGGAAAGCAGUGAGGAGGAGGCCAUGGCAGCUACCACAUCUCAGGAGCAGGAGGCCGUCCCUGCUGAGCCGGAUGGAGUGUGGACACCAGAGCCCUUGGAGGAAUUCCCCAAGCGUGAGGACCAGGAGGGCUCCCCUCCUGAAAUGAGCCUACCGUACAAGUGGGUGGUAGAGGCCACCAACCUCCUCAGCCCAGCUGUGGGGUCGUCCAGCCUCUCGGAAGCCCUGGACUUAAUCGAGUCGGACCCUGAUGCUUGGUGUGACCUGAGUAAAUUUGACCUCCCUGAGGAGCCGUCUGCAGAGGGCAGCAUCACCACUAGUCCACUGCAGCCUCGGGCACAGCAGGAGGCACAGAUGCCCAGCCAGCGUGUGGUCCCAGUACCCAGCGUGACUGAGUACCGCCUGGAUGGCCACACCAUCUCAGACCUGAGCCGGAGCAGCCGGGGGGAGCUGAUCCCCAUCUCGCCAAGCACCGAUGUUGGGGGCUUGGGCAUUGGCACGCCGCCCUCGGUGCUCAAGCGGCAGAAGAAGAGGCGCGUUGCUCUUUCCCCCGUCACAGAGAACAGUGCCAGCCUGUCCUUUCUGGACUCCUGCAACAGCCUCACCCCCAAGAGCACUCCUGUCAAGACCCUACCCUUCUCACCUUCCCAGUUUCUGAAUUUCUGGACCAAACAGGACACACUGGAGCUGGAGAGCCCCUCGCUGACAUCCACCCCUGUGUGCAGCCAGAAGGUGGUGGUCACUACACCCCUGCACCGGGAUAAGACGCCCCUGCACCAGAAACAUGCUGCGUUUGUGACCCCAGAUCAGAAGUACUCCAUGGACAACACCCCCCACACGCCGACCCCGUUCAAGAACGCCCUAGAGAAAUAUGGACCACUGAAGCCCCUGCCCCAGACCCCGCACCUGGAGGAGGACUUGAAGGAAGUGCUGCGCUCCGAGGCCGGCAUUGAGCUCAUCAUUGAGGACGACGUGAGGCCAGAGAAGCAGAAGAGGAAGCCAGGGCUGCGGCGGAGCCCCAUCAAGAAAGUCCGGAAGUCCCUGGCUCUUGACAUCGUGGAUGAGGACAUGAAGCUGAUGAUGUCCACACUGCCCAAGGCCGUGUCCUUGCCGACCAACGUCCCAUCCAGUUCUUCCAGCCUCACCCUGUCGGGCAUUAAAGAGGACAACAGCCUGCUCAACCAGGGCUUCCUGCAGGCCAAGUCUGAGAAGGCCGGAGCAGCCCAGAAGCCCCGAAGCCACUUCCCGACACCUGCCCCCAUGACCAGCGCCUGGAAGAUGGUGGCCUGUGGGGGGACCAGAGACCAGCUGUUCAUGCAGGAGAAAGCCCGGCAGCUCCUGGGCCGCCUGAAACCCAGCCACACGUCGCGGACGCUCAUCUUGUCUUGAAGGGCUUGGACAGUCACGAGCCCAUUCUCAUGUUUACAGGGGGGAGGGGGCCAUGAAUUUGAGAACACACUCAGGUGACUUGGGCAGGGCCAGGCACCACCUCAUCUACCUGCAAAGAGCCUUCUGCCGCCAGCGCUUCGCCAGUCUGCUCAGGUGGAGGCGAAGCAUGGCAGCUUCUGGUGCUAACAGAACAAAGCCCACUUCCUAGGCCUGCCCAGCCUCUCCCUGAUGCCACAGGGCGUCCCAUUAGCUUCUCCCAGGCACUGGUCAGGCCUGACUUCUACUCAGACUCCUGCUGAGGACAGCGGCAUGGCCACGGUGCUCUUCCCCUCAACCCCUGUUGGAAUAAAACUGCCAUUUCCCUUGUUCUGCUCUGGCCUCUACCUUUCUCCUGGGCCCUGCUCAUUCUGGUGGCUGUCACUGGAGCCCUCUGAGAUGUGGGGACCAGGGACCUCAUCCUCAGAGUGCAGCCUUGCCUGCAUAGCCCAGGUCGGAGGCCCUGGAGCCUUCUCCCUCAGAGGGGUCAGUGAACUGGGAGCUGAGGUCAUCUGUCCCCAGCCUGGGAGCAGUUUCUCUUGUC